UGGCUGCCAUGUUGUUGGCGAUUGUUGGGCGCUUGUUUGGAAAUUAAUGUUUGUUUCUUUUUAAUAUAAUGUUUCACUAAUUGUCUACGUGUUAUUUCGCGAAGUUGGUUAUGUGGAUAAGUUUUUAGAUAAAAGUGCACCAACCAAAAGAAUCAGCUUAAAAGCAUUCAAGCUAAACCGAUCAGAUGUUCAACAAACCACAACCAGUAGUAUAACAAAGAGUAGGCAUUAAGUUUCCUUUCCUAAUAUAUACAUAAAUCUAACAAGAUGUGGCCAGCAUCGCAGUACUCCCACACCAACCAGCAUGCGCCAAAUGCUGUGAAGAGUAAUGACCAUCAAAACCAGCAGAACUUGAAGACGCUGGGGAUGACCUCUGCUAUUUCAAUGGCAGGUCCAAAACCCAUAGACAUUGAAAAGACUAACGAACUCAAAGACGCGCUCGUACCAUUCGGAGUGUUUGAAUCGGAACAGGAAAUGCACCACCGUAUGGAAGUACUGGGCGCCUUGCAUCGACUUGUCCGCCAGUGGAUCAGAGAUGAGUCGCUCAGGAAAAACAUGCCGCUGAGCGUUGCUGAGACAGUAGGGGGGAAUAUUUACACCUUCGGAUCCUAUCGACUUGGGGUCCAUCAUCGCGGGGCGGAUAUAGACGCACUCUGCGUUGCUCCGCGACACAUCGACAGGUGCGACUACUUCGCUUCCUUCUACGAGCUCCUCAAGACUCAGCCGCAGGUAAAGGAUUUGCGCGCUGUUGAAGACGCUUUCGUGCCGGUCAUCAAAAUGAACUUUGACGGAAUCGAGAUCGAUUUGCUGUUCGCGAGGCUGGCGCUGAAAGAAAUACCGGGUAAGAAAGGCAGCGGCGAUAGCCCAGUGGAUUCCUUCGACCUUCGCGACGACAUGUUGCUCAAAAACCUGGACCAGAAGUGCGUCCGCUCGCUGAACGGUUGCAGAGUCACAGACGAGAUCCUAAGACUUGUGCCUAACAUCAAUAACUUCAGACUCACCCUCCGAGCCAUCAAGCUGUGGGCUAAACGCCACGGCAUUUACUCGAACACCCUGGGUUACCUCGGCGGAGUUUCCUGGGCUAUGCUGGUAGCGCGCACGUGCCAGCUGUACCCCAACGCAUUACCCGCUACAUUGCUGCACAAGUUCUUCCUGGUGUUCAGUCAGUGGAAGUGGCCGCAGCCUGUGCUACUGAAACAACCGGAUUCCGUCAACCUUGGCUUCCCCGUGUGGGAUCCACGGGUGAACGUUUCGGACCGCUUCCACUUGAUGCCGAUCAUAACGCCGGCGUACCCGCAGCAGAAUUCCACCUUCAACGUGUCGGCGUCCACCAGAACCGUCAUCAUGGAGGAGUUCAGGCUUGGUUUGGAUGUGACUGACGAAAUAAUGCUGGGCAAGUGCGGCUGGGAGCGGCUGUUCGAGGCGCCGCACUUUUUCUCGCGAUACAAGCACUUCAUCGUGUUGCUGGCGUCGUCAGCGAGGGCUCUGGACCAGUUACAGUGGUGCGGACUCAUCGAGAGCAAGAUCAGGCAUCUCAUCACGACGCUAGAAAGAAAUCCGCAUAUAACUAUAGCGCAUGUGAACCCAGAGUGUUACAACUCUGUUCCACUUAACACGAACAACGGACAGCCGCUUGCUUUGCCACCGGGUAUUGCUGUGUCAUCGGACAAUGUCAAUGAGAUCAACAAAAAUGAAGAAGGCGAGGUUAUCGCGAACGUGUGCUCGAUGUGGUUCAUCGGGCUGGUGUUCGACAAGACCAACGUCAACGUGGAUCUCACGUACGACAUCUCAUCGUUCACCAAGGCGGUGCACUACCAGGCCGAGAACACAAACAUGUUGCGCGAGGGGAUGACUAUAGAGGCGCGUCACGUAAGACGCAAACAACUCCACCAGUUCCUCUCGCCGUCAUUAUUGAUCAAGAGGGAGCGCACCCAGUCGGGGACGAAGCGCAAACACGACGCGCACCCGGCCAGCACACUGAACACCCACCCACCCGCACCCGUCAAGAAGACCAAACGACUGUCUGAGAGUAGCACGGACGAAGUCAGCAUCCUAUCCUACAACGACGACUCCAACUCUUCAAACGUAGUUGAAGUCAACAUACAGAAUGGCAACGCCGCAAACCAUUCACAAGAAACUGACAGGAACAAACCCACAGACAAACAGAUGGCAAAGCCCGAGCACAGCCCCUCAACAUCAAGUACCAUAGCCUGUACGUAGCAUUACGAGGAAUGGCGUCACAGGUUCAUUUACGGAACCAGUAACGUCAAGCAAAACCGAGUGAAACGCGCUUAAGACGUUUAAUAGUGUAGUUUAUAGCCUUUACGGCUCCCAGACAGAAAAUAAACUUCAUUUUUGGAGUGUUAAGUGUCUAUGAAAGUGAUUUAAUUAAGGUGAACGUAAUAGUGAUGUGAACAUUAAAACGUUUGAAAGGAAAACAAUUAAAUUCGUUUUACGGCAGUUGGGUAAAUUCGAUGUUAACGACUAUCCGGAGUUAACCUCAUACCAUUAUGUAAAAUGAAGAGAACAGAAGAUUUUUUACUAACGGU